GGUAGAUGCUGAAAGAGAAGUCCGCUGUCUGUGCGCAAUAGCAUUUUGAGUUAUCACAUAUAGCUAAUUUUCAGGAAUUGAGAGAUACUAUUUCUCUCCGAAGAGAAUUUAAAAUGGAUGAAAUGGAGGAAGAAUUAAAAUGCCCUGUCUGCGGAUCGUUUUUCCGGGAACCGAUCAUUCUACCGUGUUCCCACAACAUUUGCCUGGCUUGCGCUCGGAAUAUCCUAGUGCAGACCCCGGACGCUGAAUCUCCGCAGAGUAGCCGUGCGUCUGGCUCGGGAGUCUCCGACUAUGAUUACCUGGAUCUCGAUAAGAUGAGUUUGUACAGCGAGGCGGACAGUGGAUACGGUUCGUAUGGUGGCUUCGUUAGUGCCCCGACCACCCCUUGCCAGAAAUCCCCAAACGGGGUGCGUGUUUUCCCACCUGCAGUCCCCCAACCCCCUCCUCAGCACCACUUGUUAGGACACCCAGGUUCCCUACCUCCAAUCCCACGCAACUCCUGCCUCACAUGCCCGCAGUGUCAUCGCAGCCUAAUCUUGGACGAGAGGGGGCUCCGCGGGUUUGCCAAGAACCGGGUGCUGGAAGGGGUCGUGGACCGGUACCAGCAGAGCAAAACAGCCGCUCUCAAGUGUCAGCUCUGCGAGAAGAGUCCCAAAGAGGCCACUGUGAUGUGCGAGCAAUGUGAUGUGUUCUACUGUGACCCUUGUCGCUUGAGGUGUCACCCUCCCCGAGGUCCGCUAGCCAAGCAUCGCCUUGUACCCCCGGCACAGGGCCGUAUAAGCCGUCGGACAAGUCCCCGGAAGAUCUCCACUUGUACGGAGCACGAACUGGAGAACCUAAGCAUGUACUGUGUUCAGUGUAAGAUGCCGGUGUGUUACCAGUGUUUAGAGGAAGGAAAACAUGGAACACAUGAAGUCAAGGCUCUAGGAGCUAUGUGGAAACUGCACAAGGGCCAGCUGUCCCAAGCCCUCAACAUCCUGUCAGACCGAGCUACAGAAGCCAAAGAGUUCCUGGUUCAGCUGAGGAACAUGGUGCAGCACAUCCAGCCCACUGAUGGUCCAGGGAGACCCUUAAUCGUGACAUCAGGGUGGGGAACACUGAAGGAGAACGGCGUGGAGUUCGAAGCCUGCCUGGUGGCGCAGUGUGACGCCCUCAUCGACGCCCUGAACCGACGCAAGGCCCAGCUGCUGACCCGCGUCAACAAGGAGCAUGAGCACAAGCUGAAGGUGGUGAGGGAUCAGAUAUCUCACUGUACGGUGAAGCUGCGUCAGACAACAGGCCUGAUGGAAUACUGUCUGGAGGUCAUCAAAGAGAACGACCCCAGCGGAUUCCUACAGAUCUCAGACGCCCUGAUCAGGAGGGUGCACAUGACGGAGGGCCAGUGGGGGAAGGGAACCCUGACCCCCAGGAUGACCAGUGACUUUGACCUGACCCUGGACAGCGGACCCCUGUUACAGACCAUCCACCAACUGGACUUCAUACAGAUGAAAGUUCCUUCUGCCCCCAUGCUCCAGCUGGAGGAAUGCUGCACCAUCAACAACAGCGCCACGUUGUCAUGGAAACAGCCACCUCUCUCCACCAUCGCUGUGGACGGAUACAUCCUGGAGCUGGACGAUGGCAACGGGGGACAGUUUAGGGAAGUGUACGUGGGGACGGAGACGAUCUGCACGGUGGAUGGACUCCACUACAACAGCACCUACAUGUCCAGGGUCAAAGCCUUCAACGCCAGUGGAGUAGGACAGUACAGCAAGACACUGGCCAUGCAGACCUCCGAGACUGGACAAUCCCCAUGUGAUAUGCAAACGCUAGCCACAGUUGCCUGGUUCACCUUUGACCCCACGUCGGCCCACCCUGACAUCAUCCUCUCCAACGACAACCUGACGGUGACGUGCAACAGCUACGACGACAGGGUGGUCAUGGGUAACUCCGGCUUCUCCCGCGGUGUGCACUACUGGGAGAUCACGGUGGAUCGCUAUGACAACCACCCGGACCCUGCGUUUGGGGUUGCCCGUGUUGACGUGCUGAAAGAUGUGAUGCUGGGAAAGGACGACAAGGCCUGGGCCAUGUAUGUGGACAACAACCGCUCCUGGUUCAUGCACAACAACUCACACACCAACAGGACGGACGGGGGCGUCAGUGAAGAGGCUACAGUAGGAGUGUUGUUAGACUUCACCAGAGGGAUUCUCAUCUUCCUCAUCAACGACGAACAGCAGGGUCCUGUGGCCUUCGAAGGCAUCGAGGGGCUCUACUACCCUGCUGUCAGCCUCAACCGCAACGUACAGGUGACCCUGCACACUGGCCUGCCCAUUCCUGACUUCUACACUCCAGGGGAAGCAGACCUGUCUGGCUCAGUGUGUUAAGGAGUUGACUCAGCACAGCAGUGAAACAAGACAAGACAAGGGUUGUGUCCCAAAUGGCACCCUAUUCUCUAUAUAGUGCACUACUUAGACCAGGGCCCUAUAGAACCCUAUUCCCUAUAUAUAGUGCACUACUUUUAACCACGGCCCCAUAGGGAAUAGGGAGCCAUUUGGUACUCAGAAAGGCACCAGGCUGCUCAAUUUCUGGGCUCUCUAGGGUUACGUCCCAAAUUGCACCCUAUUCCCUAUAUUUGGCACUAUUUUUGGCCAGACUUGUGCCAAAAGUAUUGCAUUACAUAGGAAUAGGGUGGGAUUUCAGAUGUACCCUAGAGGGUCAAUUUAACUCACAACACCGCGUCCGCUAUCCCUUUCCUCUAUAGACCAACCAGCCGCAUCGUCGUACAUCAGAUAGCGCAAUCUUCGCCUGUCGAUCGCGGGACUAGUGUUGGGUUGGAGUGACAUCGACUGACAAUGCUCCUGACCCCUGAACUCUACAGAUCACCAGACGGUCCAGACCCAUAGCCUUGACUGUACAGUACAAGACUCUCAAUACUGAGCCAUGGAUACUUAGCCAUACAUGUAUAUAUACUGCUCUGUAACCAUGGAUACUCAGCCAUACAUGUACAUACAGGCUGCUCCGUAACCAUGCAUACUCAGCCAUACAUGUACAUGCAGGCUGCUCCGUAACCAUGGAUACUCAGCCAUGCAUGUAUAUACUGCUCUGUAACCAUGGAUACUCAGCCAUACAUGUACAUACAGGCUGCUCCGUAACCAUGGAUACUCAGCCAUACAUGUACAUACAGGCUGCUCCGUAACCAUGCAUACUCAGCCAUACAUGUACAUGCAGGCUGCUCCGUAACCAUGGAUACUCAGCCAUACAUGUAUAUACUGCUCUGUAACCAUGGAUACUCAGCCAUACAUGUACAUGCAGGCUGCUCCGUAACCAUGGAUACUCAGCCAUACAUGUAUAUACUGCUCUGUAACCAUGGAUACUCAGCCAUACAUGUACAUACAGGCUGCUCCGUAACCAUGGAUACUCAGCCAUACAUGUAUAUACUGCUCCGUAACCAUGGACACUCAGCCAUACAUGUAUAUAGAUACUGCUCCGUAACCAUGGAUACUCAGCCAUACAUGUAUAUACUGCUCCGUAACCAUGGACACUCAGCCAUACAUGUAUAUACAUAUUGCUCUGUAACCAUGGAUACUCUGCCAUACAUGUAUAUACUGCUCCGUAACCAUGCUCCAUAACCAUGGAUACUCAGCCAUACAUGUACAUACAUACUGCUUCGUAACCAUGGAUACUCAACCCUAUAUGUAUAUACUGCUCCGUAACCAUGGAUACUCAGCCAUACAUCAUGUACAUACAGGCUGCUCCGUAACCAUGUUCCGUAACCAUGGAUACUCAACCAUACAUGUAUAUACUGCUCUGUAACCAUGGAUACUCAGCCAUACAUGUACAUACAGACUGCUCUGUAACCAUGGAUACUCAGCCACACAUGUACAAACAUCCUGCUCCGUAACCAUGGACACCUGGAACUCUCAUCUGGAAAUGGAACUCUGAGCUUACUGUCCUGUCUUAACAUGUAAAUGAUUAUGAUUGGGUGAAAGUGAACCAGCUUCAUCCAUCUAACCAAUCAAAGAAGACUACUACUCAUCACCAGACUCUAGAAACCUGCCCUGUUAGUUCUGGUUCUAGAACUCUGUAGAGGACAACAAUGUUAUCAUAGACUGACAGAGACGAUUAGGGUUUGGGUUAAUUUCAUAUAAAUUCCAGUUAAUUCAGAAAAUAAACCCAAAUUCAAUUCCAAAUUUUCCUCAUUGAAGAGAGUUGGAAUUGAAAUUUCUGAAUACUUUCUGAAUUGACUGGAUUUGAAAUGGAAUUAACCCCAACCCAUCCAUGUAUCCACCAUAACAACCCUGCCAUGUAUUCACCAUAACAACCCUGUGUUGUAUCCACCAUAACAACCCUGUGUUGUAUCCACCAUAACAACCCUGCCAUGUAUUCACCAUAACAACCCUGUGUUGUAUUCACCAUAACAACCCUGUGUUGUAUCCACCAUAACAACCCUGUGUUGUAUUCACCAUAACAACCCUGUGUUGUAUCCACCAUAAAAACCCUGCCAUGUAUCCACCAUAACAACCCUGUGUUGUAUCCUCCAUAACAACCCUGUGUUGUAUUCACCAUAACAACCCUGUGUUGUAUCCACCAUAACAACCCUGUGUUGUAUCCACCAUAACAACCCUGUGUUGUAUCCACCAUAACAACCCUGUGUUGUAUCCACCAUAACAACCCUGUGUUGUAUCCACCAUAACAACCCUGUGUUGUAUCCACCAUAACAACCCUGUGUUGUAUCCACCAUAACAACCCUGUGUUGUAUCCACCAUAACAACCCUGUGUUGUAUUCACCAUAACAACCCUGUGUUGUAUCCACCAUAACAACCCUGUGUUGUAUCCACCAUAACAACCCUGUGUUGUAUCCACCAUAACAACCCUGUGUUGUAUCCACCAUAACAACCCUGCCAUGUAUCCACCAUAACAACCCUGUGUUGUAUCCACCAUAACAACCCUGUGUUGUAUCCACCAUAACAACCCUGUGUUGUAUCCACCAUAACAACCCUGUGUUGUAUUCACCAUAACAACCCUGUGUUGUAUCCACCAUAACAACCCUGUGUUGUAUCCACCAUAACAACCCUGUGUUGUAUUCACCAUAACAACCCUGUGUUGUAUCCACCAUAACAACCCUGCGUUGUAUCCACCAUAACAACCCUGUGUUGUAUCCACCAUAACAACCCUGUGUUGUAUUCACCAUAACAACCCUGUGUUGUAUCCACCAUAACAACCCUGUGUUGUAUUCACCAUAACAACCCUGUGUUGUAUCCACCAUAACAACCCUGUGUUGUAUCCACCAUAACAACCCUGUGUUGUAUCCACCAUAACAACCCUGUGUUGUAUCCACCAUAACAACCCUGUGUUGUAUCCACCAUAACAACCCUGUGUUGUAUUCACCAUAACAACCCUGUGUUGUAUCCACCAUAACAACCCUGCCAUGUAUCCACCAUAACAACCCUGUGUUGUAUUCACCAUAACAACCCUGCCAUGUAUCCACCAUAACAACCCUGUGUUGUAUCCACCAUAACAACCCUGCCAUGUAUCCACCAUAACAACCCUGUGUUGUAUUCACCAUAACAACCCUGUGUUGUAUCCACCAUAACAACCCUGUGUUGUAUCCACCAUAACAACCCUGUGUUGUAUUCACCAUAACAACCCUGCGUUGUAUCCACCAUAACAACCCUGUGUUGUAUCCACCAUAACAACCCUGCGUUGUAUCCACCAUAACAACCCUGUGUUGUAUUCACCAUAACAACCCUGUGUUGUAUUCACCAUAACAACCCUGCGUUGUAUCCACCAUAACAACCCUGUGUUGUAUCCACCAUAACAACCCUGUGUUGUAUUCACCAUAACAACCCUGUGUUGUAUCCACCAUAACAACCCUGUGUUGUAUCUGCGAGUCAUAGUAAUAACUCUGUGGUCUCUAAAUGUUGCCAUGGUGAUGUUCUACUGCUAUACUACUGCUACACACACACACACACACACACACACACACACACACACACACACACACACACACACCUCCCGCAUCAGUAAACAUGGUACCACUUCUCCACACCAUCAUUAGAAUCCUUGAAGCAUUUCUGUCCCACCAAACAUACACACGGCACAUACAAGAGACUAAAGAAACACACAUUGGUGAAUUACCCUUUAUGACAGCCAGGGGCAGCAGAAGAGGACUGAAGAGACCAGUAUACAGAUCUACUUGUAGAAGGCUGACGGUGACCGAUGCACUGAUUCCUGACAGAAAGCAAUGGGUUGCAUCCCAAAAAGGCCACUUCUUUUGGACCAGGGCCCAUAGAUGUGUGCUGUUCUCAAAGUGACCCAUAGGGCUCUGGUGAAAAGUAGUGCACUACAUAGGGAAUAGGUUGCCAUUUAUGACUCAGACAUGGACUGCAUUGCUAUUGUAUUCUGUAAAUGAGACGCUACCAGUGGCUUUGCUUGUGUGAACCUGAACUUCAUCCAUAGUUUGUAACCAACUAACGAGACAGUCAACUUAUUCUAUUCUCCUACUGGAAGUAAACAGGUCUUUAUUUAUUGAUCCUGUUGGGCGUCCCAAAUGGGUUAUUUAUUGAUCCUGUUGGGCGUCCCAAAUGGGUUAUUUAUUGAUCCUAUUGGGCGUCCCAAAUGGGUUAAUUAUUGAUCCUGUUGGGCGUCCCAAAUGGGUUAUUUAUUGAUCCUAUUGGGCAUCCCAAAUGGGUUAUUUAUUGAUCCUGUUGGGCGUCCCAAAUGGGUUAUUUAUUGAUCCUAUUGUGUGUCCCAAAUAGCACCUUAUUUCUUAUAUAAUGAACUAGAGUAUUUAAGGAAUAGGGUGUCAUUUAGGAUGUCUCACCGUCUGUUUCUCCACAGUGCAGCAGCUGUCAAUGAUGUUUCUAAGCGCUGAAUAUAUAUGUACAGUAUGUCUAUGGCUACGUCCUAAAAUGGUACCCUAUUGCCUACAUAGGGCCUUUAGGGUUCUGGUGAAAAGUAGUGGGCUUUGGUAGAGAAUAGGGUACCCUUUGGGGAACUAUCCACUGGCAGUCUGGCAAGAGGUGCUAUAAUUACACCUGAUCUACUAUUAUUGUUAUUAUACAGUUUUAUUCUGCUAUUGCUAUCAGUAGGACCAGUAGUA